AAAACCUUAUCUUUUAGUGCGCCUGGCAACUUAUUUCUCUCCCAGACUCGGCUGUAUGCAAACUCUGUUGAAGACUCAAAAUGGCUUCCAAUCUUCUCAGGGUUCAUACAAAAACGAUUAUAACUGCAAAGCAACCAAACCCAUUUCCACUCACUAAAACUCUCUCUUUCCCUUCUCUUCCAUUUCCCACACACCACCAUCACCAACAUUCCCAUAUCUCCUUGCCUCCAAUUUUCCUCCACAAAUCCAAAAUUACUCCUUUAUCCCCACUCUGCUCCUUAUCUUCUCCCACCCCUCCAAGCUCAAAAGAAGCAGCCAUUCAACAAGCCAAAACCUGUCUCUCAACCACAUUGGAAAAGCCCCUCAACAACCUCAGACUCACCAACAAGCUCAAGAAGCUCAAGCAGCCCAGAUUUCGUAUCGAAAUCCCGGUCAUCGAUGACUCUCCUGAAUCCCUAUCCCAGCUCGCUUUCCAGGUAUUUCGAGACCUACCCAUUAAAAGAAAAGGGUCCAAAGUUAACAUCUUGAUCAUAUGGCCUAACCUUGCCUACACAGAAGCUGCAUUGAAAGCCUUCGAGUCUAACCCUUCAAGCCCAGUUGAAAAUUUAGACAUAUAUUCAAUUACCAACGGUAAUACCAGAAUUUCGAGCUCUGCUGACGUGGUAGUGUUUUUGGCGCCAGAGGGAACCCAACUGGCUGAUAUGAAAAGUGUUGCUGAUUUAUUGUACCCAAGGCCAGUGGUUAUUUUCAACCCCAAGUGGGUGUUUGAGGAUGAAGCUGAGUUUGGUGAGCUGAGUGGCUUUGUGGGUUCAUUUGGGGUCAUUUUUUCAUUUAUGGGUUUGGAGGUUCAGGGGCUUUUGAGCAAAAGAAAUGGAGUGAUAUUCAAGUGUGUGAGAGAUGGGGUUGUUAACGGUGAGAAGUGGACUGUUCUUGUUGAAGAGGAAGGGCAAUUGAAAGCAGUUUCAACGUUUAAAUCGCGGCCAUCAAUCAGUGAAGUUGAGAAUGUUUUGUAUAAUUUGAUGGCCAUUAAUUCGCCUGUUACGAAGUCCGUGAAGUUCUUCAGGGAUUUGGUGUCUAAUGUAACCGGAAAGAACAGUCAGUAGGAAAAACCGAAUCUUGAUGCUGUCCUCCCUGCCACCAUUUUAUGAUGGCAUUUGGCAGUGCACCCUGGUUUCAAUUUAAAGAGGUUGUUGCACGUAGUCAAGCAAUUCGCAGCGUCGAUGUAUUUCUGACCUUUUCAGUGGUCUUUCUAACAGUUGGUGCCAUAGUUUUUCCUCUCUUUGUUUAAUGUAUCCUAUCAUCUGUCAGCUUGCAGUUCUCAUUGAGUCUUAAUAGUGUGUGGUCUUGCAUUUUAUUGCAUGUACUGCAUACUAACAUCUUGUUAUUAAACAAAAAUGUAUGGUUGCAAGAUCUAAUUGGUAAAACAUGGGUAAAAAAAAAAA